CGAAGAUGAAGAAGCUAUUUAUUUAUUUUUAUCAGAACGAAGUAAAAGCGUAACAAUCUCUUGAAUUGCAUUAUUUUCUGGUUCAAGCAGUUAAAUCGAAAAUGAUGUUAACGAAUUUGAAAGCUUUAAAUUCCCGCAACCUUUCAUCUGUAGCCUUAAGAUGCUAUUCGUCAGCUGCCCCUAAACGUCCCUCAGCUUUGACUGAUGAGAUAAUACGGGUUGAUCAUGCCGGCGAAUUGGGUGCCGAUCGUAUUUAUGCAGGCCAAAUGGCUGUUUUAGGCAAUGGGCCCAUGGGCAAGACAAUUGCCCAUAUGUGGGAACAAGAAAAGGAGCAUCGCCGAAAAUUUGAAGUUCUUAUUAAUCAGCAUCGUGUUCGUCCCACCGUAAUGACACCAAUAUGGAAUAUUGCCGGAUUUGCUUUGGGAGCAGGUACUGCUCUUAUGGGUGAAAAAGCUGCCAUGGCUUGCACAGUAGCUGUAGAAACUGUCAUUGUUGAGCACUACAAUGAACAAUUAAGACAAAUAAUGGAAUCACCACAGCCAGAUGAGGAACUUCUGAAAACCAUAACGAAAUUUCGUGAUGAAGAACAAGAACAUCAUGACACUGGCAUUGAUUGUGGUGCUGAGCAGGCUCCUUUUUACAAAGCCAUGACUGAGGUCAUAAAACUGGGUUGCAAGACAGCCAUAGCCAUAUCGAAAAAGAUAUAACUGUUUAAGCUUCAGCCGUUAAGUGUAAAUAUUUUCGAGCUUUAUGUGGUGAUAACGAUUUAAGUUUAAGUUUUGCAAGUUUUACCCAAAAAUAUUUCAAUAAGGUGUGUACUAAAGACUUGUGUUAAAACAUGAAGGAAUUAACAAAUUUAACAAAAUAAACUAAGCAUUUAAAAAUAAUGCAAUUACUCAA